CCGAGCACUACGGAGUACGUGGUGAAGAUGGAGAGCUUGCCUUCUGCUGGCUAUCAACAGAAGAGGGGACCAUCUUUGCAUUUGUGGCACCAAUGAUACUCAUUAUGAUUAUCAAUGCAGUGUUCCUGGCACUAGCCCUCAUGGCACUGCUACGCACCAGAAAGAAGAAGUCAGAUGCAAUAGGAAAGAAGGAGUCCACUAAGCAUGUGCUGUAAGCCU